AUGAGUGGGCUACCGGGCGCCAGGACCUGCCCAGGUCCGGGAGAGGCCUCCGACCUUAAGUGCCCCCUGGGCGCCAAGUUCAGGGAACCUCUCACCGAGACCCGGUUCCAGCAGCUCUUCGGAGACGCGGAGCAGGAGCCCGAGCUGCUCGCGGAGCCGCGCUGGUCCCGGCUGUGGCGGCGGCGAGCCAGUGCCUGCUCUGGACCGGGGGCGUGGCGCCUGCUCCUGGCGCGGCUGCCUCCGCUGCGCUGGCUGCCCCACUAUCGCUGGCGGGCCUGGCUGCUUGGGGACGCGGUGGCCGGACUGACCGUGGGCAUCGUGCACGUGCCCCAGGGCAUGGCUUUUGCUCUCCUGACCUCUGUGCCCCCAGUGUUCGGACUCUACACUUCUUUCUUUCCCGUCCUCAUCUACACCUUGUUGGGUACUGGGAGACACCUGUCUACUGGAACUUUCGCUGUCCUCAGCCUCAUGACCGGCUCGGCCGUGGAGCGGCUGGUGCCGGAACCCCUCUCGGGGAACCUGAGCGGAACUGAGAGGGAACAGUUGGAUGCUCAGCGGGUUGGUGCGGCUGCGGCAGUGGCCUUCGGGAGCGGGGCCCUGAUGCUGGGGAUGUUUGCCCUGCAGCUGGGCGUCCUGGCCACCUUCUUGUCGGAGCCUGUAGUCAAAGCGCUGACCAGUGGGGCCGCCCUGCACGUGCUCGUGUCCCAGCUGCCUAGCCUUUUGGGGGUGCCCCUCCCACGUCAGAUUGGCUGCUUCGCUCUUUUCAAGACGUUGGCUGCUGUGUUGACGGCGCUGCCCAGGAGCAGUCCCGCAGAACUGACCAUCUCGGCACUUAGCCUGGCGCUGCUCGUGCCGGUCAAGGAACUGAACGUGAGAUUCAGAGACAGGCUACCCACCCCCAUCCCGGGGGAAAUCGCCAUGGUGCUUCUGGCCUCUGUGCUCUGUUUCACCUCUUCCCUGGACACAAGAUACAAUGUUCAGAUAGUUGGGUUGCUGCCUGGAGGAUUUCCCCAACCUCUCCUCCCCAGCCUGGCUGAGCUGCCUAGGAUUCUGGCCGACUCAUUGCCCAUGGCGCUGGUUACCUUUGCCGUAUCUGCCUCCCUGGCCUCCAUCUAUGCAGACAAGUACAGCUACACUAUUGACUCCAACCAGGAGCUCCUGGCACAUGGUGUCUCCAACCUCGUCUCCUCCCUCUUCUCUUGCUUUCCCAACUCUGCCACGUUGGCUACGACCAGCCUACUAGUGGAUGCUGGUGGGAACACACAGCUGGCAGGCCUCUUCUCCUGCAUGGUUGUCCUGUCUGUGCUCCUGUGGCUGGGGCCCCUCUUCUACUAUCUGCCCAAGGCUGUCUUGGCCUGCAUCAACAUCUCCAGCAUGCGCCAGAUGUUCUUCCAGAUGCGAGAACUCCCUCAACUAUGGCGCAUCAGCCGCGUGGACUUUGCUGUGUGGACGGUCACAUGGGUGGCUGUUGUGACCCUGAGUGUGGACCUGGGCCUGGCCGUAGGUGUGGUCUUCUCCAUGAUGACUGUGGUCUGCCGCACCCAGAGGGUACAGUGCCUGGCACUUGGACUGGCUGAGGGGACAGAGCUCUACCGGCCACUCAGAGAGAGCCACAAGCUCCUCCAGGUCCCGGGGCUCUGCAUCCUAAGCUAUCCAGCACCGCUUUACUUUGGGACCCGAGGGCAGUUUCGCCGCGUCCUGGAGUGGCAUCUGGGGCUUGGAGAAGGAAGCAAGGAGGCUCCAAAGACAGAUGGCCCACCUGAUGCAGCUGCCGAGCCUGUCAGGGUGGUGGUCCUAGACUGCAGUGGUGUCACCUUUGCAGAUGCUGCAGGGGCCAGAGAAGUGGUUCAGCUGGCCAGUCGAUGCCGAGACGCUGGGAUCCACCUUCUCCUGGCUCAGUGUAAUGCCUCGGUGCUGGGGACGCUGACCCAGGCAGGACUCCUGGACAGAGUGACCCCAGAGCAGCUGUUUGUGAGUGUCCAGGACGCAGCUGCGCAUGCCCUGGAGAGGCUGGAGCUCAGUGGUCCAAAGACUUGCACAGUGUGGGUCUGACCUGGUCAUUUGGUGUGUGGAGGGCCCCAACGAGACAUGUGUGAGGCGGGCCAUGGCCCCUGAGUCCCCUGACUUCAUAUAACUAAUAAAAUGAAGCUGAGAGCCUCUGGGGUCCAUGAAAUCAGUCUGGGUGUCUGCACAUGGACCCUCGGUGCCCCUUCCUCCACUCCCAAAGCAUUGCAAAGACACAACUAAAAGCGGCUUUCCCCUGUAUGUUCACCAGCCCCCAUUCCAACUCCAUUCUCUCCAUGGGGGUGAAGCUGCAGCCACUGCACAGAGUCCUGGAUCCAGAGAUACGGGCACAGCCCUGGGACUAUAUACUGGGGGCUUCCCCAACCCCUUAGUACCAAGGAGAUGAGAGGAGAGUAUUUCUGCUUUAGGUUUUUAGAGUCCCCCUAUGGGCUCUUUGGCACUUGAAAAGCAACCCCCCACUUCCUGCCCUAGGGGAAGGGGUUGGGGGGAGGACUUGGCACUGGCUGUGGGACAAGUUAUGGCUCCAUCAUGCCCCUGGGCACUUGCAGAAAGGAGGAGUGACACCAGGACAAGCCCCUGUUUGGGAUCAAGUUCUGAAGGAGACUGGGACAGUCAGUGGAGUGGUCACUGGCUGGUGGGGUUUGCUAGGAAUUCCUGGCAGGGACAAGG